CCCGGCAUUAAUUGAUGUCACGUAUGCAUUUUCGCCCCAAGCUCCAUUAAAAUUCAUUUCACUGUUUUACCUUUUGCGCAUGCUAUCAAUGACAAACCGCUGACAAAUAAUGAAUUUCAUUCAUCUUCAUUCGAUCCAACAUGUCCUUCCGGCAUCAACCGUUCUUUCCUCCAUUUCCUGAUAGUUACUGAGUAUUUAUACGCACUUCCUUUGUAGCAAUGGGUCAACAGUAUAGUUUCGCGCUCAAAGUGUUGCACGAUUAUGCUGUUGUUUUGAAAGAUCUCGCGGUUCUCAACCACGAAAGUCUUGAAAGUAAGCGGCAGUGAAGGUCUAGAUUUUAUUUACACUUUUUAGUUUCGAUAGUUUAUGUUACUGAAUUUCGCAGGGUUUCAUAAUAACUCAAGCACACACUAAUUGUUCUUUCCUUUCUCUAGAUGCCGUAGUACAUCUAAAUAAGACGUAAGUACACUUACUAACGGGAAUAAUUUAAUCUAUACUCGUGCUUAAGUGUCAGUUUGCAAUGCGACGUUUAAUUAGAUUCGUGUGUUAUUGCAAUUUAGUUGUUCCGUUUUGUGCUAAUCAAGGCUAUCAUCAACAAAAUUAGCAAUUUUCGAUUAAUCGCUCUUUAAAAGUAAAGAAACUUCGACUUACAGCCCCAAGAUUCGUGUCUGUGUGUGUGUGUGUGUGUUUUUUUUUACUUUAGUUUCUUUGCGUUUGUCCAAGUCACGUUAGAGCUGUAUUACAAAAAUAAAUCAAAGGUCAAAAAUUCAUUUGAACUUGAUUUGUUGUUUUGUUCUGCGGCUCACGCUUAUCGCAGAUAAUUAUUCCAAUUGUGUGGCCCACUUCCUUUGUAUCAAUUAGAGUCAAGACAACUCUAAAUUUGGAUUGAUCCAUUCAAAGACAAAGCAAAGUUAGAAAUUCAGCUUAUCGUGCAUUGUACUCUAUUUCAACUUGCUAUUUCAAUAAAUCGCAAUUCUGUUGCAAAAAAUUGUAUGUUAUUGUAACAGCUAAAGUUCUGAAACACAAACAAGUGAAACUUGAUUUGUAACAACAUUUUAGUUACAAAAAUUACAUCUAUAUAAUAAGCUGAAUUAUGCAUUAUUUUUGAUUGGUUCUUACCUAAGAUCUAUUGGAGUAUAGAUGCAUAGGUGACAUUUCCGUUAACAAUUUUUUGAUUCUUUGUUAUUUAAAACAUUUAAUUUCCACUAGUGACUUAGACAGAAUUUCUCCUUACACCAUCAGUACAAUAUCAAGCAGACAAGUAAUGAGAAUAAGGAAGAUAUCAAUUAGGGGAUUAUUGGUUGAUCCAAUUCCAAAUUCUCCAAACUAACAGCACUUGAAUUGUAUGGCAGACAGUAAGGAGAAUUACUAAUGAAAUCUUGGGAGUUAAAGGGUUAAGAACAUCAGUGAUAUACUCAGCUAUGCCUUGUAUGCCUCUUUUUUGUUCUUAGGACAUUUUGACGUCAUCUGUGAUGUAUUACUGAACAGAUGCACAGCAACAUGGCAUCUAUUUGUUAAGUAGAGCUUGCCCAUGAUACUGCUGAAUAAUUCUGCAUACAAAGAAUGCAGGCAGGGAAACCUUUAUCAAGCAUAAGCCUUCACCUGUAUCUGCAUUAUGAAGGGUGUGUACCCAAUAUGGCGUGCACUUUAGAUAGGUCUCACAGUAAUUUAUUUUCUCUAAAUACAAAGCCGUCACUUGACGAUUAAUUGCAUAUUUGAUUUCUCUUCAGACUCAGAAAGUUUGCAGAGGGCAGAGGGCAUUACAUCAUGUUUGCAAUAAAGGAACCAUCAGAGGAAUAUUCUCCAUAUCUAUGGAAAGCCACAACAAGGAUAGUUUGUUAUAAGGUGAGUGGUGUCAGUGCUUUAUGUUUUGGUAAAACCCAACCUUUCACGCCAAGUUACUUGUAGUAAGUCAUUAGGGUCUGAAUCUAUGACCAUCUUGUCAUUAGUGUUACUAAUAAUUGACUUUUGGUGACUAGAACUUGAAUCAAAGUUGCCAUCUCAAUGUUCUUCUUGAAAACCAGUGCUCAAGUAGAAAAAACCCUUAUUUUUGUUUAAGGGGGAGGAGGGCCUCUUUAUGUUAUAAGCAUUUUUACACAUUUUUAUGACUUUGGAAUUUCUUAGGUUGGUUGUUAGCCAUAAAUCCAAAGAAUUCGACUCUUUGGAGAACACAUUGUUCCUCUCCAUAAAUAGGGCAAAAAAUUUGUUUUUGCCAAUUGGCUACAGAAUAGAAAAGUUAAUUUUAGUCUGCCCAAGGGGAAUGAUGGAACUUAACGUUCUUUUAGCAACCAAUAUUUCAGACUCAUAUUCUGUAGAGCUGGUGCAAAACAUUCUAAUUAGGUGUGACAGUUAUAGCCACUGUAUUUGGUUGGUAAGAUCACAGAAAGCUUGCCGCAAGUGAAAAAGUAUACCAAGGAGAAAGUAUCAUGGCAUCAACACUCUAUUAGAAUAUUUUGCACUAGCUCACAAGAACAUAGACCAAUAUCAUUACAGGCUACACAAGUCUAAAUAAAGAUUUGUUAUCAGAAAUUCAAGCUUACAUGCACAUGACUGAAAUCAAAUUCAUUUUAUCCAAUAUACAGAUUGAUUCUGCUAGCACAAAUGUUGACAGUGAGAGAAUUAUGGACCUUCGACAGUUUUGCAAGUUGUAUAGAGAUAUCACGAAGCAACUGCGGCACAUGCAUGGUGUAGAGGAUGAAGACUGGCAGAAAAUUGAUCCUAUUGGGGAAGAGGUAUGAUGAGCUUUGUCUGUAUAAAGCAAUCAACUAAAAAGUGUAUGCAUUCAGGAAUUUUAAAAAAUAGGGCGGAUAUCAGCUUUAGGGAGAGUUUAUGCCUGACUCUUGUUAAAGUAAAAUGGACAGCUUGCUUUCCUUUGACAAAAGUGAUCCCCUCUGUUUUGUUGCUCUGUCAAAAGUCAUGUUUUGUUGAUUUACAAAUUCAAGACAAAUUUCACUGCUAGGAGUCAAUUAUUAUGCAUGGGGUGUCUGCUUACAAGAGAGUGUAAGCAAAAGAAAAAUUCAAUUGUUGCUUUAAAGAGUGUGUGCAUCUGCUUAUGAGAUAUUGGCCGCUUACAGGAAUGUGUAAAUACAGAGUUUGACUCAGAGACAAGAUCGGGAAUGUAAAGAAGGGUCUAUAACCAGAACUGUCUGCUUACUAGAGUGUCCAUUAGCAAAGAGGUGACUGUAAUAGUUAUUUUUGAGUUUUUUUUAGCUAAUAUGAUUGUGCAAUCCAAAGCUAUACAUUUGGGCACAAAACUAUUUCACUGUAGUGAGCAACUAUAUUAAUCCUUUCAAUCCCAAGAUCUUAUUAAUGAUUCUCCUCACUGUCUGCCAUGUCAGUUCAGAGAAUUUGGUAUUUGAUCAAUUAAUAAUGCCCUGAUUGAUAUUGGUAUUAUCUGAAGAAAUUCUGUCUUGGUCUUUCAUAAAAGUAAAAGAGUAAAAAUUGUGGUAUCAAUUUUUAUUUAUGGCUUUUUAUUUAAAGUUCCCAUGUCUAUUACUACCUUGUAGGCAUAUGAAACAUGUUCAGUAAAAUUAGAGGAAAUCCAUGAAUCUCUUUGUGCAUCAGUGAUAUUUACAAGGUAUGAUUUAAGUCCAGAAAUUUUUAAAAUACAGGAAACUUAUAGUGCUAAUUCUAAGACCAGGAGAGUUUCAACAAUAGUGUAAGUUUAAGUUCAAAUAACUUUGGCAAGUCUUUUUUGUAAGGGGAGUGUACACAAUACAGUCAAGAAUCACAGAGCACACCAACAUCCCCUGAAGUGCAGUUUUCUUGAUUAGGUCUUCAAUAACUUUUUUCAUAACUGGCUGUAGAUGGUAGCAUAAAAUAUACAGACAGCUAUGAAAAUGGAAGUGGCUCUACAAAUCCAAAAAUGUUUUAUUAUAGCAGACAGCUUUAGAGGCCACAUGAGCAGUGAUGGUUGGCUGACGUGUCAACUGGCCAUUUUUUUGGUAAUCUGCACUUGAAAUGAUUCAAGAAUCUAUUUGUAAUGAAGCACAUUUCAUUUGACGUGUGGAUUGAAUUCAAAUAAAGCUGUGCACAGUGUAUGGUCCUAAGAAAAAUUGAGGCUCUGACAGGAUUUGAACUGUGCCUCCCAGAUAUUAGUUGGGUGCUACUACCAACUGAGCCUAAAGCUACAGGUUGGAGGAGCAGCAAAUUUUAGAGAGUUCUUCUGUUUGAGAUUUAGUAUAUUUGAAGCACAGGAAAAUUUAAUUUAUACAUCCCAAAGAACUCUAUGACAAAUUGUCUUCUCCUUGUGGUCUCUUUCAAUCUGUAGUAUUUUCAUACUGUAAGUAUGAUAAUUUUAAUUUAGUUAACUUUGCACAUCUUUUUUGUCCACAGAGUGGAUAAAGUAGCCUCAGAGGAUUCUAACAUGGAGGAGUGUUGUAUAUGCAUGGAUCAAAAAGCAGAAGUUAUCCUGUCCUGUGUCCAUUGCUUUUGCAAGACUUGUAUUGAGACAUGGUAAGACUUGAUAAUGCGAAAAAAAAUUCAGAUAAAAAUUGAUUUUAAGGUAGCUAUGAUUUUAUGAGGAGAGACAUGGUGGAUUCAGGGUAAGAGGUUCAGGAUAAAGACCCGUGGGUCAUUGUGCAUUUUUUCUUGGGCAGGAGACUGCAUUUCUACCUUUAAAAGGUGAUCAUAAUAUUUGUUAGAGGGGGCCCAUCAUGUAAAAGUCCAAGACAGAAUUUCUCCUUACAGUAUCGAUACAAUAUCAACCAGAUAAGAAUUGUAUGGUUGACAGUAAGGAGGAUUACAAAUUUGAUCUGGGAGUUAAAGGGUUAAGGUAACUCAGGUUUAGUGUGAAAACUGAUUUCAGAUUUGGAAGCUUUAAAAGAAAAUUAAGUACCAUUCCUUUUGUCUACAAUUUGAUGAUUAGAUAUCCCAAAAUGGAUAGACUGAGAAAAUUAUCUGAAAGAGGCAUAUAAAUGUAGGAAUAAAGAACCCUGGAUAAAAAUUUAAGCCUGGGCUAGUCAUGCUAAUCAAACGCUGGUCUCUAGAGGAUUGUCAGGGAAGAAUGACAAAAUGCUGGAAGGUUUCCCUUGCAACAGACCAGCAUCCAAUUCAGGAGGGGGCUAGCAAGGGGGGGGGGGGGGGGGAGGGAGGGGCUCACAAUUACUCUCAAUGACUUCAUGCUACAGAAACAAUACAAUAAAUUAUGGUCUGGCUAGAUAGGCCACUUGGCUUGGGUGGAGAGUUAAUUUUCAAGAUUUUACGCAAUCUAGGAUGCUCAAGACUUUCAACUACAUCAUUUAUAUUUUCUCAUAACAGGAGUGAUGUGAAUGAGACCUGUCCACUCUGUCGUGAUAAGAUUCAUGGGAAAAAAGAUCUCUGGGAAAUGCCUGAGAGACCAAGUGACAAUGAGAUUGGGCAGUUUGUCUUAGGAAUGGCUGAGGGGGCAGGUGCCCCCACUUGAAUGGUGUGCAUCUGUUCUAGUUGGGUUGGAAAAAAAUAGAAAAAAAAAAGAGUGAAUAUAAACAAAAACAAAAUUAAAAUUUAAUUGACGUCAGGGUGCACUGCCAUUUCAGUGGUUGCAACAUACCAUAGGGACAAGUGUUAGCAACAAUUAGUUUCUUGUGAUGCAGAUAAUAAUUAUUUUAUGAAAAUCUAUGUGCCUUUUUAAGUAUAUUGUGUCUGAGGCAAGUAGUUCACAUUCAAAGACUUUCUUAUUUUGACAAUUGAUUGCUGACUGAGAUGACCUGCUUCUACAGUACAUGCUUAAUCAAAUGAACAUACCUGGAGUG